AGGAAUGCCUUUUGAGUUUUGUCUAUCUGGUUUUCUCUCACCCCUCCCACUAGUCCACUACUUCAGAAGCACUGCCAGUGCCAGACCCAGAGGGUUCUGGUUUUCACCCUCCAUUAAUCCUGAUUAUUUUUCAUUUAGCUUUUGUCUACUCAGCAGUCAGCACCAUGUAAUUAUUACUUCCACCUCCAAUAUAAAGAGGAAAAAUGUAAUUUAAUACAAAGGAUUUCAAUCUCAGACCCGACACCUAAAAGAGGAAUACAGCAUCUACGUGGGCUGCCUGCCUUUCCUUUUCGGCUUUUCCUCUCCCUAUUCUCUGCCUCUGCUAUCAAGCACGAACAUUUAAAGUUUAAACAAUCAUGAGUAUAUAUAAAAUGAAUCCUUGAGGUCAGGCCGCUCGGCUCAGCAACGGAAUGUCUGCCAUCAGUAACGGUGUUGGGUCCUCGGCGGAGGUGACGGUGAAGAGAACCCUCAGCGGGGUGUACGAUGAGGCCGGGAUUCGAUUCAGUAUUGAUCUGGUGGCCGCAGCCAGAAGACACCUUUUCUUCUUGAGAGCUGUCUCCGAAUCUCCCUGGUUUCAUGACCCCUCCACUGUUUCCCAAGCCAUCCGAAGGUAUGAUGAUCUCUGGAUGCCCUUCAUUUCUGAUCUGACAGUGGGGUCAACGCCGCCUGUUCUUGUGCCUCCUCUCGACAUUCAAUGGGUCUGGCACUGUCACUCUCUAAAUCCGCCGCAUUACAGGAAGUACUGCGAAUCGAGGUUCGGCAAGUUAAUUGGGAAACCGGCAAUCUUCGAUGACGAGAAUGAAGAGUAUGCCCUAAACAGAUGCAGGGAUAUCUGGAACCAGAGAUACCCAUCGGAGCCUUUCCAGCUCCAAGCCGAUACAGAUUCCUCUCCGUUCACCUCGAUUACCAACGAAGACAUCUUGAAUGAGGUCACGAAGCACAAAUCUCUGUAUUUUAAGUUUUCCCAGCCUUACAUGUCGGAAAUCCUCCAUCUAAUAGCGGCCAGGCAGAGAUACAUAGGACUUCUAUAUGUUCUGCGUAGGUUCAGAGAUGAGUAUUCCCGUUUGGUACCCACUGCAGAUAUUCUACUUAUCUGGUUAACCCAUCAGCAGAGCUAUCCUGCGAAAUACGCAGGGGACGUGAAGGAGAUCGAAGGGGAUUUGGGGAAGGUGGUGGGGGUUUGGGAGGCAGUGAAGGAAGAAGACAGAGAAACGACUAAGAAGCUGUGGGAGAGAGCCUUUGAUCAACCAUACGAGAAAGCAGGGGCAACCAUGGAUAUUCAUGGGAUUCAUUCCGUGAAGUCGCCGCCGAUGAAUUGGGAUACCUCAGACUCCGAUGCCAAUCGAAGUGACAGAUCCAUGGAAACCAGGUUCUUACUCGAGGUAUGCGUGUUUCUGAGGUCCAUACCGGAGAAAAAUGAAACGGCGGAGAAGAAGCAUGAGUUUCUGCGCCUCAGGAUCAUCAGAUGUCACAGAGAGAUGAAGAUCGACAAACCCAUCUCUGACAUACCGGGUAAUUCAUGGGGAAAAACAUGGAAACUCUACUGCGAGUUCGGGACGAGAGGGUUGGUGCUCGAACACCGUCGACGCGGUGGUGGCUGUUUCAGAAGCAGCAAAUUGGUCGGCAGAACAGCUUUCCUGUGGAACGAUUUGAUUCGAGCACCGUCUCUUGUCCUGGAAAAACAUGAGGAGCAGCAUGUGAAGGCGGUAGUCUCCAUCACCCCGCCUGUCCAAGCACCAUAUCUGUUGAAAUGCGUACCGGAUCGGGUCACUGACGAUUCAGGGGCCAUGAUAUCGGAUGUCAUACUCAGAAUGAAUCGUUACCGGCCUCAAGAAGGAAGGUGGUUGUCUCGCACCGUGCUCGACCAUGCAGGGAGGGAGUGCUUCGUUGUACGUAUCAGAGUGGGUGGAGGGAUUUGGAGAAGAGGGGGAGAAGCUCCGGCUGCGGUAAGAUGGGAAGACAGGAUCGUAGAGAUACGUGAAGGUUCCUGGACUUAUGUCGCCGGUUCCAUUGGUGCUGCUCCCCAGAAGGUGGUCGGAACAGCAACGCCGAAAUCAGAAUCAAGAGGGAAGAAAGCAUCUUGGCAUCUUUCAACCGGUGACGAGUUGACAAUAGAGUGGGAAACUUCAUCAUCAUCUUCAUCAUUAGGCCUGACUUUCCACCUUGAGAACCAAACAUCCCUUGAGUCUUCCACAAAGGUUAGGUUGCUUAAAGGUAGAAAAAUGCAAUACCAGGUAUCACACAGAGUUGAUUUAGAUACCAAUAAAGAGAGUGAUUACAAGGAAAACAAUGAAGAAGAUGGGUUUGUAACACUAGUUCGAUUCACGCAAGAAAAUCCCAAUGGAAGGGCAACGGCAUUGUUGAAUUGGAAAUUUCUGGUGGUAGAGUUGUUGCCAGAAGAAGAUGCUGUACUGGUGUUGCUUUUAUGCAUGACGAUACUCAGAAGCGUGUCCGAAAUAUCCAAGGAAGACAUUGGCAACUUAUUGGUAAGGAGGCGACUAAAGGAAGCUAAGCCUGGAUCUAGAGAUUGGGGUUCUGUAAUUUUGCACCCAACAGUUUCUUCGACAUCAUCAUCCUUUGUUUCGCCUCAUCUCCAGCCUUGGUAUUGGAAUGUAAAGGCAUUCAUGGCGUCAGACGAUGUCAACCAACCAACACAGCAAACCAAUUAUUCUGCCGCUGAAGGUGGUGAUAAGCUUUACAAACGAAGUAUUUUAGCCUAGAAAGGGAAACAAAUCAUGUUUUACAAAGAGAAUAGCAUCAUGAAAUUUGACCGAGUACUAAAGGAAUACGGUAUUUUCUUUUUUUUUUUUGAAAUACUUGAUAUUUCUCUGUUUUUUUUUUUUCUUUUUUGUAAAGGAUGUUUCUCUAUACAAUUUAAAGCAGAAGUGACCAGUGCAAUGUACAGAUUGGUGUCUAAAUGCCC